CUGGGUGUGCCCCAACGACCGACAGCUAGCGCUGCGGGCCAAGCUGCGGACGGGGUGGUCGGUGAAGACGCAGCAGCUGCAGCGCUACGGGCAGACGGACGCGGCGCUGGACGAGGCGGAGCAGGAGGUCAUCCUGCAGGUGAUUCGGCGCGCCGAGAUGCUGGAGCUGACGGAGCAGGAGCGCGUCGGGCGGCUGGUGGAGCGACUGGAGAACAUGAAACGCAACGCCCUCGGCAACGGCACCAACCAGUGCGUGCUCUGCGGCGACAGCUUCGGCAUGCUGGGCGCCCCCAGCCUGCUCUGCCACGACUGCAAGAAGGACUUCCAAGCAGUUCUGGGCAGUGGCAGUUCUGGUCAAGUGGCGCACCGUGGAGGUACAGAGCUCUAUUCAUCUAAUGAUGAGACCACUGCCCCCGGCUUCUGUGAGGAUUAUUCGUGCAUCUUUCUCAAGUGUUGUAUAUUGAAUAAUUCAUCUGUAAACUAA